CGCGCGCCGGCCGGAAGUGGCGGCCGGCCUUUCCGGUGUGGCGGCGUGAGGGCGGCGGAGGCGAUGCCGACCGGGGAUUACGACUCCAAGCCCAGCUGGGCUGACCAGGUGGAGGAGGAGGGAGGAGAAGAUGACAAGGUGAUCACCAGUGAGCUGCUGAAGGAUCUGCCCCUGCCCGGGGUCCUGGGAGGCCCCUCCAGCGCUGAGGCCGAGCUGCUCAAGGGAGGGCCCCUCCCAUCCCCCAAGGAGGUCGUCAAUGGCAACAUCAAAACCAUCACCGAGUACCGCGAGGAGGAGGACGGGCGCAAGGUCAAGAUCAUCCGAACGUUCCGGAUCGAGACCCGCAAAGCGUCCAAGGCCGUGGCCCGGCGCAAGAACUGGAAGAAAUUUGGGAAUUCCGAGUUCGACGCCCCCGGGCCCAACGUGGCCACGACGACCGUGAGCGACGACGUCUUCAUGACCUUCAUCACCAGCAAGGAGGACCUGAACUGCCAGGAGGAGGAGGACCCCAUGAACAAGCUGAAGGGCCAGAAGAUCGUCAGCUGCCGCAUCUGCAAGGGCGACCACUGGACCACGCGCUGCCCCUACAAGGACACGCUGGGGCCCAUGCAGAAGGAGCUGGCUGAGCAGCUGGGGCUGUCCACGGGGGAGAAGGAGAAACUGCCAGGGGAGCCGGAGCCGGUGGCCGCCCAGGUGAGCAAGACGGGCAAAUACGUCCCGCCCAGCCUGAGGGACGGGGCCAGCCGGCGCGGGGAGUCCAUGCAGCCCAACCGCCGAGCCGAUGACAACGCCACCAUCCGCGUCACCAACCUGUCCGAGGACACGCGCGAGACCGACCUGCAGGAGCUGUUCCGCCCCUUCGGCUCCAUCUCCCGCAUCUACCUGGCCAAGGACAAAACCACGGGGCAGUCCAAGGGUUUCGCCUUCAUCAGCUUCCACCGGCGCGAGGACGCGGCGCGGGCGAUCGCGGGGGUGAGCGGCUUCGGCUACGACCACCUGAUCCUCAACGUGGAGUGGGCCAAGCCCUCGACCAACUGAGAACAGAGCCGCUCCCAGUUCAGCACCAGUGGGAACCAGUGGGAACCAGUUCAACACCAGUGGGAUCCAGUUUGGCACCAGUUCAAAACCAGUGGGAACCAGUUCAGACCAGUGGGAUCCAGUUCAACACCAGUUCAGCACCAGUGGGAACCAGUUUGGUCCCAGUUUAUCCCAGUUCAGUCCCAGUUUGGUCCCAGUUUAUCCCAGUUUGGCACCAGUGGGUGCCAGUUCAGUCCCAGUUUAUCCCAGUUCAGUCCCAGUUUGGCACUGGUGGGUCCCAGUUUAUCCCAGUUUGGUUCCAGUUCAAUAAAAGCCCCCUGGGAUUUCGGCUCA